CAAGUCACAAUAUACGAGUUUGGCACACUCCUGCUGAAAAGUUUGAUGAAUCGUGUCUUGUUCCUACUAUGGGUCAAAGCCCUAGUCUUAUGUUCUGGGCUUGCUUUUCAUGGCAUGGAUUAGGACCGAUAGUCCCUAUUUAUGGCAAAGUAAAUGGUGAAGUUUAUAUUAAACUUAUAAGAAGACAUGCUCUUCGUGCUGUAUGUCAACUUGUUCCUAAUAGUCAAGCUGGUAUUCCCAUCCUACCUUGGCCUGCCCAAAGUCCUGAUUUGAAUCCAAUAGAAAACAUGUGGCAAGAAGUUGAAAGACGUUUGCAAAAUUCUCCAGAUAAGCCUACAAGUAUUGAUGAUUUAGAAAAAAAAGUCAUAGCAGCUUGGUAUUCAAUUCCAUGCAAAUUUUAUUGUAGAUUGAUAAAUAGUGUAGUUUAUCAAAUAAGAGAAUAUUAUCGUGUUAAGG